CCCUUCCUGCGCCGCGCUCGGCUCCCGCGCCUCGCCCGGCCCCGCCGCGCCCGUGAUGGAAUAAUGCCCAGCGGCCCGCCCGGUCCCGGUUGUUUUCGGAUGUGACGGCUGAGACAUGAGAUCUUCAGCCUCCCGGCUCUCCAGUUUUUCCUCCAGAGAUUCACUAUGGAAUCGGAUGCCGGACCAGAUCUCCGUGUCCGAGUUCAUCGCCGAGACCACCGAGGACUACAACUCGCCCACCACGUCCAGCUUCACCACGCGGCUGCACAACUGCAGGAACACCGUCACGCUGCUGGAGGAGGCUCUAGACCAAGAUAGAACAGCCCUACAGAAAGUGAAGAAAUCUGUAAAAGCAAUAUACAAUUCUGGUCAAGAUCAUGUACAAAAUGAAGAAAACUAUGCACAAGUUCUGGAUAAGUUUGGAAGUAAUUUUUUAAGUAGAGACAACCCUGACCUGGGCACUGCUUUUGUCAAGUUUUCUACACUUACAAAGGAACUGUCCACGCUGCUGAAAAAUCUGCUCCAGGGUUUGAGCCACAAUGUGAUCUUCACCUUGGAGUUCCUUGUUAAAGGAGACCUGAAGGGAGUCAAAGGAGAUCUCAAGAAGCCAUUUGACAAAGCCUGGAAAGAUUAUGAGACGAAGUUUACCAAGAUGAAGAAGGAAAAAAGAGAGCAUGCAAAACAGCAUGGAAUGAUACGCACAGAGAUAACCGGAGCAGAGAUUGCAGAAGAAAUGGAAAAGGAACGGCGCCUCUUUCAGCUCCAAAUGUGUGAAUAUCUCAUUAAAGUUAAUGAAAUCAAGACCAAAAAGGGUGUGGACCUGCUGCAGAACCUUAUCAAGUAUUAUCACGCACAGUGCAAUUUCUUUCAGGAUGGCUUGAAAACAGCUGAUAAACUGAAACAGUACAUAGAAAAGCUGGCUGCUGACUUAUACAAUAUAAAGCAAACCCAAGAUGAAGAAAAGAAACAGCUAACUGCACUCCGAGACCUAAUAAAGUCCUCUCUGCAGCUUGAUCCGAAAGAAGUAGGUGGUUUAUAUGUUCCCAGCAGGGCUAACAGUGACUCUCAGAGCCGGCAAGGCGGAUACAGCAUGCAUCAGCUCCAGGGCAAUAAGGAGUACGGCAGUGAAAAGAAGGGGUACCUGCUGAAGAAGAGUGAUGGGAUCCGGAAGGUGUGGCAGAGAAGAAAGUGUGCAGUAAAGAAUGGGAUCCUGACCAUCUCACAUGCAACUUCUAACAGGCAGCCGGCUAAGCUAAACCUUCUCACCUGCCAGGUGAAACCAAAUGCGGAGGACAAGAAGUCUUUUGACCUGAUAUCACAUAAUAGAACAUACCACUUUCAGGCAGAAGAUGAGCAGGAUUAUGUAGCGUGGAUAUCAGUACUGACGAAUAGCAAAGAAGAGGCCCUAACCAUGGCCUUCCGUGGUGAGCAGAGCACAGGGGAGAACAGUCUGGAGGAUCUGACCAAAGCCAUCAUUGAAGAUGUACAGCGGCUCCCUGGGAAUGACAUUUGCUGUGAUUGCGGCUCAUCAGAACCCACAUGGCUUUCAACCAACUUGGGUAUUUUGACCUGUAUAGAAUGUUCCGGAAUCCAUAGAGAAAUGGGGGUUCACAUUUCUCGCAUUCAGUCUUUGGAACUAGACAAAUUAGGAACUUCUGAACUCUUGCUGGCCAAGAAUGUAGGAAACAAUAGUUUUAACGAUAUUAUGGAAGCAAAUUUACCCAGCCCUUCACCAAAGCCCACCCCUUCAAGUGAUAUGACUGUACGAAAAGAAUAUAUCACUGCAAAGUAUGUUGAUCACCGGUUCUCCAGGAAGACCUGUGCCUCUUCCUCAGCAAAGCUGAACGAAUUGCUUGAGGCCAUCAAGUCCAGAGACUUACUUGCACUAAUCCAGGUCUAUGCAGAGGGGGUGGAGCUAAUGGAGCCGCUGCUGGAACCUGGGCAGGAGCUCGGGGAGACAGCCCUUCACCUUGCCGUCAGGACCGCAGACCAGACAUCUCUCCAUCUGGUUGAUUUUCUUGUACAAAACUGUGGGAACCUGGAUAAGCAGACAUCUGUGGGGAAUACAGUUCUGCACUACUGCAGCAUGUAUGGCAAGCCGGAGUGUCUGAAGCUGCUGCUUAGGAGCAAGCCUACCGUGGACAUUGUUAACCAAAAUGGAGAAACUGCCUUGGAUAUAGCAAAGAGACUCAAGGCUACGCAGUGUGAAGAUCUGCUUUCCCAGGCUAAAUCCGGAAAGUUCAACCCACAUGUCCACGUGGAGUAUGAGUGGAAUCUUCGGCAAGACGAAAUGGACGAAAGCGAUGAUGAUCUGGAUGACAAACCAAGCCCCAUCAAAAAGGAGCGCUCACCCAGACCCCAGAGCUUCUGCCACUCCUCCAGCAUCUCACCACAGGACAAGCUGGCACUGCCAGGAUUCAGCACUCCACGGGACAAGCAGCGGCUCUCCUAUGGAGCCUUCACCAACCAGAUCUUCGCCUCUACAGACUCACCCACAUCACCCACCACUGAGGCUCCCCCUUUGCCACCCAGGAAUGCCGGGAAAGGUCCUACUGGCCCACCUUCUACACUCCCUCUAAGCACGCAGACCUCUAGUGGCAGCUCCACCCUGUCCAAGAAGAGGCCUCCUCCCCCACCACCCGGACACAAGAGAACCCUGUCCGACCCUCCCAGCCCACUACCUCACGGGCCCCCAAACAAAGGCGCAAUUCCUUGGGGUAAUGAUGUGGGCCCAUCAUCUUCAAGUAAGACAACAAACAAAUUUGAGGGGCUUUCUCAGCAAGCAAGCACCAGUUCUGCUAAGACGGCCCUUGGCCCAAGAGUGCUUCCUAAACUACCUCAGAAAGUGGCACUAAGGAAGACAGAAACCAGCCAUCAUCUCUCCCUCGACAAAGCCAACAUUCCACCUGAGGUUUUUCAGAAAUCAUCACAGUUGGCAGAGUUACCCCAAAAGCCACCACCUGGAGACCUACCCCCGAAGCCCAUGGAACUGGCCCCUAAACCCCAAAUUGGAGAAUUGCCACCUAAGCCUGGAGAACUGCCCCCCAAGCCCCAAUUAGGUGACCUUCCCCCUAAGCCACAGCUUUCAGACUUACCUCCCAAACCACAGAUGAAGGAUCUGCCCCCCAAGCCACAGCUGGGAGACCUGCUGGCAAAGUCCCAGGCUAGCGAAGUCUCAUCCAAGGUGCAGCCACCCUCAGAGGUCACACAGAAGUCACACACGGGAGAUCUCUCCCCAAACAUGCAGACCAGAGAUGCCAUCCAGAAGCAGGCAUCUGAGGACUCCAAUGACCUCACCCCUACGCUGCCGGAGACACCUGUACCACUGCCGAGAAAAAUCAAUACGGGAAAAAAUAAAGUGAGGCGCGUGAAGACCAUUUAUGACUGCCAGGCAGACAACGACGACGAGCUCACAUUCAUCGAGGGAGAGGUGAUCAUUGUCACGGGGGAAGAGGACCAGGAGUGGUGGAUUGGGCACAUCGAAGGACAGCCUGAAAGGAAGGGUGUCUUUCCAGUGUCCUUCGUUCACAUCCUGUCUGACUAGCAAAAAGCAGAACCUUCAGUCCGUCCACACCCUUCAUGCCAGACCGCUGCCUCCAUGUAAUCUUGUAUACAACGUGUAUAUAGCUGCUGUUACAGACCAAGAACUCAUGGAAGGGCCACUCAGGAGGGGAAUAUAGUAUGUAUUGUAAAUAUCCUGUGGUCAUCGGCCUUCACCAGUAUUAGGGUAGCCUCAGGAACUGGUGCGCCUUACUGGUUUGCCAAAGCCAUCGUUGGCAUCUAGCACUUACAUCUCUCUCUCUCUCUCUGUGCUGUUUAUGAGCAAACAAAAAGCAGGAGUAUAGGAACUGCUGGUUUUCCAGGUGAAGAGUCUCCAGCAGCUGCUGAAGGGUGCAGAACUGACUCCUGACAGUGCAGUAUUCUCAAUGGCGUUACUGAUCAUGCAACAUUAGCAGAGGUGGGGUCUGUUCUCCAGGCGGAACUUUAAGUUAGCCCCCUGGCCUGCAGCCUGUAGUUAUCUGUGUACACAGUUUACAGCUACAAAGACAUACUUUGGUAUUUAUUACAGAAAAGUGCUCAGUUAAAUGUGUUACUCCUUCAGCAAAUAGUCACUGACACAAAGUCCUCUGCAGCAUUUUACAGUGUACGCAGCCUCGUGCAAGUUUAGGUGAGUGGAUGUGUACAUCUUAUGGCGAGUGCCCACCCCUGAGAUAUUACCUCAUUAUGCAAAAAUAACAUAUCCUUCAUGACUAUUUUGACAAAAGCUUAAAACCACGUCUGAUGAAGUUCAACUUUCAGGAACCAAGGACUGCCAGAAAAUAUCCACCUCUACGUUAUGCAUGCAUCUAGAAGCUUACCCGAAUUCUGCCUUUUAUAAAGGAACAAACAGUAUGAAGAAGUGAACUGUACAUUUUUAAACUUGAUUGCCAUUAAAGCAGAAGUUACAAGAUUGCAACAAUA